AUGGAACAAGGCAUUUUGACUGAAUCUGAAUUAUUGGCGUCUAAUUUUAUUUCUGAUGACAUCUACAAGCAUGAAACUCUGGCAUCUGGCUACAAGCAUGAAAUUGGCAUUAUCAAUCCAACAGAAGAGCACCAUAAUACAAUUGAACAAUCUAUCACUUAUCCGUUACUACAAUCGACUACAUCGGACUUACCUACUGAUUAUAUCACAGGAAAAGAGGAGACGCAAACUUAUUUAAUUUUAAACCCAUCGGAAGACACAAGAACAGCGCUACAGUUGAUCCCCUCUGACUCUCUUCCUCAUGACUUCUUAGAAAAGGAAAUAACGACCAACGCAUUAAAUAAUGAGACAACAACUAAUACUUCCAUUUUGCACCCAACAGAGGUAUAUCAAAACCCAGUCGAACAGAUUACUACCACACCACCGGUAUCCGCAGAGUUAACGAGUGAACAACAUGAAAUGUCAGGACAAAAUAGGACUAUAGCGUCCGAACCACAGCCGCGAAAAAGACAAAAAAAAAGCUGUUCACAAAACUGGAGUGUUAUUAAAAACAAGGAGCAAAGAGAAAAAGGAAAAGCCUAUUUAGGGAAGAAAAAAAUAGACGAUAAGUGGAAAUUUGUUGAACCUAGGAGUGUUAGAAAUAUCAAAGACAGGUGCAACUGUAAGUUGAGCUUAAAAGGUGGUACAAAGUUACAAUGUGAUAAAAUAUCUGAUGAGGAAAGAAAACAAUGCUUCGAAAAGUUUCGGAACAUGACUUGGAAAGAAAAGAAAAUAUAUAUUAAAAUGUUAUCCAUUUGUAAAUCCAAACAAAGAGAAAGGGAACCCCUAUGCAUUACAAGUUUUUCCAACUUAUUUGAGGAGCUCAAUCUGUCUUUAUUCCGACCGAAGAAAGACUUAUGUGAUAUCUGUGAAUCCUUUAAAACUGGAAAUGUCACAGAAUCCGAUUAUGAGGUGCACCGUAGCAUGAAAGAAGAAGCCCGUAGAGAACUAACUAAGGACUCUGCUUCUAAUCACGAAGUGCUUACUAUGGAUUUGCAGUCUGUGCUUCUAAGCCCUCGAUCCAAUAUAUCGGCACUCUACUAUAAAACGAAACUUAUAGUACACAUUUUACUAUGUUCGAUGUCAAAAGAAAUAAGGGAUAUUGUUAUAUCUGGAACGAAAGAGAAGGAAAACUUACAAGUACCGAAUUUUCAACUAUUAUAG